AUGAAUUGGCUUAUUGGCUGGGGUGUAUCGUGCUCGCAGGGAGGUUGUAAAGAGAAUCAAGAUGGUUGGUUUGUCACUUCUUUCACAAAUAAUGAGGUCUUGGCUAACGAGCUUAAUGAUAGUAGUGAUGUUGUGGAUUCAUUAGAUGGAUUGAAUUCGAGACCAACUAAUUUGACUACUUGGGGUGUUUGGGACUGCGAUCCUAUUCAUCCUGGUAUUAAUGGAAAUGCUAAUGAUCAAAACUCUACUAGUAUGAGUGGUACUAGCUCGUUCCCUCCUGUAUUUUCGAUUUUCCCUCUACCUCCAAUGCCUCCAAAACGUUCUGCACCUGGAUGGAUAACACAUACAAUUGGUAAACAACUUCAAUGUUCAAAUACAAAAUCCCCCUGCUUCUUUGGUCUUCUUGAUGGUCAUGGUCACUAUGGAAAAACAGCAUCUCAUAUGGCUGCUUAUUGUAUAUCACAAACAUUAUAUGAACGGAUGAAUUGUUCAUCUCUAGAUAAUAGGAUUUACAACUUAGAAUAUAUUCUUGAGGUGCUUGAUGAAGGUUUUUCCUAUGCUCACAAGAGCAUUAUUGGAGCGAAUGUGUCUAGUGGGAAGGAUUUUGGUACUACUUGUAUAGUUGUGGGAAUUAUGGGAUCUUAUCUAGUAACAGCUAAUUGUGGGGACUCUUCAGCUAUAUGUAUUAUUCCAAAUUCUAUUCAAAAUAAUCAAAAGAAAGCUGAAGUUGAUCACAUUUCUGAUGAAAUUUCAAAAUCUCUCCCUGAAUUACCGACUCCAAUUACUUUGAAUAAUUCUUCAGUAAAAACUUCAAAUUAUCAUGGGAUAUACUAUUUGUCUAAUCCUCACUGUCUUUAUAGAAAGAGUGAGAGACAGAGAAUAGAUCAAAGUGGAGUUGGUAAAGUGGCCUUAGGAGAUUAUGGAAUGCUGAGGUUAAUUCCAGCUUAUUUAACAUAUUCUCAAGCUAGAGACUUGGGUUUGAGUAUAUCUAUGAGUAGAUCUCUAGGUCACAUGCAUCUUUCUCGCUGUGCUUUGUUACCUAUUCCGGAUUAUCGGGUACUAAAUAUUAGUGAGUAUCCUCCCAAAAAAGAAUCUGUUGAAUCUUUGAGAGCAACAAAUAACAAGGAAAGGCAAUUUAAAAAAGAAGAUGAUAAAAUGGUAAGUUUAUCUGAAGUCCUCGUUGAGGAGAGUGUCAUAGCAUUGGGAUGGGGAUAUAAGAAUAGCAGAAACUAUUACGAACAACUACAAACUGAAGAUAUAGCACUUGAUUGGAGUACUGAAGAUGAAAGUUAUGACAAUGUAGAUACUUCCACAGUAACUAAUGAGAUUCCGAAUGAUAUGUAUGUUGUAUUGAUGUCUGAUGGCAUUAGUGAUAUACUAGAUGGAUUUACAAUUGCUGAUAUUAUUGUGAAUGCACAGGAUAAAGAUCUCCAGGAUAUUGCAGCUGAACUUACAGCAGAGGCUGAACGUAAGAGGAGAUUUCACAAUAUAAGAGCAGAUAAUUGUACUGCAAUAGUAGUUAAACUGAGAAGAAAUAUGAGUACCGAAAGUAUUCCUAAUAACGCUUUUUCUAGUAAAGAUGAAGUGACAGUGGUUAAAAAACUAAUUGAUGCAACAAAACCAUCUCUUCAAUCAGAGUUCUCAUUAAACCGUAAAGGAAAUCUUAAUUUAUAUGACCCUAAGUCAGUUACUACUUCUAGCUUUGUAUCACCGCUGAAAUCUUCAUCAAACUCAUCCAUGCUUCAAUCUCCUUUUUCUCUUGUGGAUCGAAGUGCUCAUAUAUCAUCUGCACCACAUUCUGCAUCUACUUCCUUGAAUUCUUCAUCUCCAAUAAGAUCAUCGUUCAAGGCUCCAGAUACCUCUUUAUGUAAUUUGCAAGCUCCUACCUUUUCCUUGCAUCGUACAUUGACCCCUAUACAUCGUAGACGACGUGUAGUUGCUGCAACCCCUUCACCUCUGCGUGUAAAAUCUUGUAAAAUGCGUGAUACUCCUAUUAUACCCAGCAGUUAG